CUGUAACAUUUCUGAAAAAUCGCGAUUGGAAUUCCCGCGUUACCACGAUACCAACACAUAUUUUUGCUCUGGGGACGGUUGUUUGGAGCUGAAAAGUUCGCAAGUCAACGACAAAGAUCGCAAGUGAAGAAGGAUACAAAGCCAAAAGCUCGAAAUUUUAUAAGAUAGAGAUUUGGCUAUGACGUCGUGUUGGUCGGCUAAAUAUGGUUGUGUCACUCCUGAAUUUAUGAACCACUAGUCGGCGUCCGCUUGGCUUGGAACGCUCUGAAGUUUGAAUACUGUAUUCAUUUUGGGGUUGGCGUAAUCGGUCGUUUAAAGCUUCACUGAACUCUUCAAAAUGGCUCUUUUAUCCUGGGCUUGGCUUUUAGCGAGCUAGUGAAUUCUUAAAACCUGUAAAAUGGAUGAAGAUGAACAAGAUGUUUACGUGGCACAACUUCUCGAAGUAUUCGACAGUUGUGAUCAUUCCGGGAAAGGUUUCCUCAAUAGAAGCGAACUUGUUGAGUUGUGCAAAAAAUUACAGCUCGAUGACCAAGUUCCGCAACUGCUACAACAGCUUUUGGGGAGUGUGGAAGCAGAAGGACAGGUAAGUUAUGUUAACGUAACUUCAGAAGGUUUAGAUAAGCCCCGAUACCGUGGUAACGACGACCUAUUUUAGUUUGGCGUCGCUUCAAAUUUUGUUGUUACAUCGAUUGAGAGCUUAUCUAAUUUACAACCUUUAAUUUCCGAUCUUCCAUUAAAGCUGGUAAUGUUUUUCGAUCUGUUAUGUUUGCGUAUACCUAUCAUAUUAAAUAUUCUCUUCUCCCUAUCCGCUACCGGGGAAAAUUAGAUUGGUUCAAAAUUAUUCCAGUCUUUGUUUAUUUCAGUUCCAAGUGGGAGUCUACAGUACAAUAGUUUUGUUUACAGAAUGAUACAUUCGAGAAACUGAUACCUUAGGUUUUCUUCAUGUGAUGUCGAUUUCUUUAUCGAUUUUAAAUUGAUAAGAUUGGAAAAUUCCGUUGGUUCAUUUGUGUUGGCAAGUGAAAACCUCAUUUACAGCUGUACUUUCAUCACGCGAACCGGAUUAAGAUAUCUUUUGAAAGUUUCUUUUAGUUAUAUUGGCAUUCACAACGCACAUGUUUAGUGAUCAGUGAAAUUGAGAAAUUUGAAAAAAAGCGGCCUUGUUUUUUUCAUCAUUAUUUCGAUGUAAAAAUCUUAUUCAUCUCAUAAACAAACCACGGUUUGAUCGCAGAACAAUAACCCCGUUACUACACUUUAUUUGCAUUUCUUUUAACAAUAUCUCAAAACCAUGGACUUUCUUCCAACAGCAAGCUGAUGAGCUUCAUGCGGGAGAUAAUUUCAUUAGCUCAUUUUGUAAUUAUUCCGAGUAAUUUGUUGUAGAUUUUAAAUUCAUUUGCAUGCUGUUUGUUUGAUAUUAUGAAUUCAUCAAAUUGUCAAUUAGUUUAAUGAGGGUUCACUCUUUAUUAGUAUUUUAUGAUCUUGCCCCAGGCAUUUAAGUUUAACUAAGUCGUGUGGAUUUUGUUUUGUACACCAGAAAGUUGCCACAUCUGUUAGAUAUAUGAGGAAACUUCUCAGUGUUGAAGAAAAAAUGUCUUAGAACUCUUAGAGAUUAACUUUAGGCACGUUAAGCUCUUUUUCCAGCUUUUAAUUAACACAUAACCCUAAACUCUUUGUUUACUGAUCAUGUCAACACUUAGACGGAUUAACAAAAAGCUUACCACUUUACAAACCCUCUCAUUUAAUACACUCAUUCAUCAUCUCUCUGGGGCAGAAAAUUAACUUUGGCUAUAGUCAUUCGCUCGUAUGAAACAUGAAGGCACUUGUCAAACCCAUAAAAUUAAACCUAUCGUCAACAGAUGGGUAUGGGGAAGAUGUCUUUACAAACAGAGGGACCCACAAGCGAGCACGGAAGGUGACCAUUGCAACCCUUCAAGGGGCAAUCACCUGGUACCAUCACACUUCGAACCUUUGUGAGGGGUUUACUGGGAACUUACCAAGACACUAGUGAAGGGGGUGAUGCUGGGAGUAAAACGGUUGAUUGACGGCACAGGACUAGACUACGAUCAGUCUCUCUUUUUUCUUGGUCCAUCAAGCAAAACGCUCGAGACACGCAAAUGACCUCGUGGGUUACUUAAGGUGCGAGACGGGAGAGGCACGAAAAAAGAGAGACUACCCGCAAAGCCAGAGAGAAUGGUCUUUCAUAGUCUAGUGAUUUUUUGGCAUAAAAACUGAAGUGUUGACAGGCCAAACACGGGAAACGUGACCUUAGAGUUUGCUUGAACAACAGAGGUUUUCCUUCUUUUCUUUUUGACACAUAGCGUAUGCAGUGCAUAGGGGCAAUUCUAAACUAAUUGACUGAGCAAAUCUUAAUUUUGGCUGCAAGUCUCACAUUUAGAGGUCAUGACGCUGGUCUAUUUCUCGCAUAUUAAUAAACUCAUUCCUGUGGUUUAUGUUUUGAAUGAGAUCACCCGAGGCCAGGCUCUUUUAGUCUUUUCUUGUUUGUGGGGAGUUCUCAGGGGAUAAUGUUCUUCAUAACCUAAUUGUAGCUUAACUAAAGCUAGGCCAGCUAUAGAGAAUUGCACUGCAAGUCAGUCAAGAUCAUUCUUUGGGUGCGGAUUUGUUUUUUUUUUCCUCAGAUUCAAUGUAACCGAAUCUUCGUUCUAUAGUGGGUUGUCCUGUAUUGCAUCCGUUGGUAAUUACUUUUGUUUUAGCUGUUUAAAAUAGUCUUCCAGUCUAUGCAACUUUCUGUUAUAAGUUCUAGAGCAUGAAUGCAGUUUUGGAAGUAAAGCAUUGCUCGGCAAUGAAGAGAGGCUUUGAGCAUUGCUUCUCUUUGCUCUGUAUCUAAUCUUUUUAUUUUUGGAAUCCGUGACAAAGAUUCUGCAGUGCUUCAGCCAUCAUCAACUUGUUAAUGGUUUUGAUUAUUGACAAUUUUGUUGUCAAUGAUUCACGCAUCAGCCAAUUGUAUUUGCAUUUUGAGGCCAAUGUGUAUUUCAUUUGCUCUAGCUGUGUGAGCAGUCUCUGUUUUUUCUUCUUGGGCUGCCGCCCUCGUUCCUUGCGGCUUUGCCACUCGACGCUCGCGUGCACUCCCCUCACUAAAUCUGAAGAAAAAGAGAGACUGCUCGCAGUCUAGCACAGGACAGGCAAUGUUAGCAAGAUGAUUUGAACCCAACAAUGACACUGUAAAAUCAUGAAUGCCCUGCAAAAGCCCUGAGACCUUCCACAUACGAUAAGUGAAAGAGACCAUUGGCCAGCACUGUCUCAUGUUCAGCUUUGCUUUAAUAUAUUGCAUUUAAUCGCAUAAUUUAAUCCCUGGCACUCUCUCAUCAACAACUCUCCAACCCCUUAAGGUAUCAUCCACCCUCAAGCACCCUCCUCGCGUUGAUCGGCGCUAGCGCUUUUGCUUUUAACAAAUACCCCCAUAAACCAUACAUUUUCUGAAAGCGUAAUAGUUCCAGAUUAUUGCUUAUUUCUUUUAAAAAAUCAAAAUAUUAAUGCGAUUUAGAAAUGAGAGGCUUUUUGUGAAAGUGGGUGUCAACGUAAAUUUAAGUCCAGUCCAGCCAAAAAUAAACGGAAGAAGCCAAUUAAGAACGCAUUUGCUUCUUAACAUGUUUGACUAAAAAACCGUGUCUCAGAUUUUUGUCAAGUGCGUUUGUUCUGUUGUUAUAAGCAGGUGAAGUUAGGGAUAGCAAAUUAUUAGCACUACCUGUGAAAAAAAUACUUUAACUCGGAAACGAAAAAAGAAAUCAAAAUUUGCAGACACGGUUUUUUAGAAAAACUAUCUGACCGUAAGUUGGCUAAAUUUCAGCCAAAUUGGUUCACGGGUUGCCGACUUGGAGUUUAAAACGUACCCUCAACUUGCUCUGAUUUUCAUUUUGAGAAAAAAGAGGAAAACGAUUUUUGGCGGACAAGACAAGAUUAUAGCAGGUUAUAACACCAAAGCUGUCAAUGUUGAUCCAUACCAGAGAAGGGACAACAAUAGUGACACAGCAGGAAAAGUUGAAAACGAAACUCGACAACAGAUGAACAAUUUAUUUCAAAGGCUCUGCUCUGUUCGAUCCUUUCUGUUGUCAAGAAAGCGUCAUUAGUUAUUUGCAACGGGCAGUUUUCAUUUUCGCACCGGACAAGCCAAGUUGAGCCAAGCUCACUUUUACUCGAUACAUUUUUUAAAUGUUCGACACUUCCCUGUACAAAUAAAAAACAAACCGCUUCCUGGAGUUUUUCUUGAAGCUUCUUUCCUGCUACAAUAGACUUUCAAAACAGUACUUCGUCCAAUGUUUACAUAACGCGGGAUCUCUCAUGACUUCGUCUCUCACUUAGCCGCUUCGCGGCCUAAAAAGCUUGCUCCACUCGCUAACACACUCGUGAAACUUGAUUCCGCUGUAGUUUCAAUGGGUUUUUCAGGAGCUUUGUCAUCUUUUAGCCAUUUUUCUUGAUUGUAGUUGGAGCCCUUGUCGCUCUCCGCUAAUUUCAAAACCCUCUCUCUGGUGGCAAAACGAUUUUGUCGUCUUCUUUCGUCUUGGAGUCCAGGACGAAAACGGACAAGCUCUUUUUUCUUCUUUGGAGGCAUUCACUUUCAAACUCCAGGGAAAAGCAGUGAGCACUAUACUCGUAAACCACGAUUUCUGUCAAAUUGCGUGAUUGGCUUGGUUCAACAGCGGCACGCGUGUCAAGUAUGACAGGACUUGUCAACGAUCAAUUAAAGUAAUUAGCAUAGAAAAAACUUUUGCACUCCGUAAGUCUGCACAGAAAAAACAUUUUUUUCUGGAAUUUUUUUUAAAAGAAAGCUCUUGAUGAGCUCUAUUUAAUCAUGUAAAAAAUCCAAAUUUAGAAAAAUGAUGAUUUUUUACCCUGGAUGAUACCUUAAAGGAAAUACCUGCCGCAUACACUGUGUGUACAGUCCAGAUACACUUACAUGUAAAGAAUAUAAACUGUCAAAUAAUAUUGGAACCCCAGUCCACAGACUAAUGCCUGUUGACCUACACUGUAUUUACAUGGAUCAGUAAAAUGGACUCGGUCCAUAGGCCGCCCUUGACUGGAAAACCCCUAAUCUUUUAAAAAACAAUUUUACUAGAGGUCUUACAGAAUUCUAAGAACCAUAAAUUGACUAUGCUGCUGUCAUUUAAUUUCAGCAGAAUCUGUUAAGGGGUUGAAACGUUCGUGUAACUCACAAAGCUUUCUUAUGCGUAACAGCAAGGCUUUUCUAGCUUGUAGAUGAAAAUUCUAGGUAGUAUAUUAUUUUUAGCAAUUCAUGAGUUCUCUAUGUUAACAUAUACACAUGUAGAUAGAAGCUACAUUAAUUAACACAACAAGCUGAUACCUAGUGCAGGGUGCAAAGAAAAUCAUUUGUACAGCUUGCCUUUUGGGCAACCUGAAGCUAGCAUUUACUAGCCCAUUUGUCAUUUCAACUAGCCCCAAAAGUUUUUUGACGACCAGAAUUAAUUUCACAGUUCUUCUGUUGUUCGAAUUCCUCAAAUAACAUCACUUGCCCGUCGGGCAAGUUAAAAACAGAAUUCACUAGUCCGAUAACAAAAUCCACUAGCCCCUGGCUAUCAGACGCUAAUUUCUUUACACGCUUCUAGUGGUACCUCUUUUACAGCUGUACAUGUAGCAUCACCAGUUAAGAAGGAAUUGCUUCACAACUUGAACUAACAAAAGUCAAGUAACAUAUGAUUUGUUGCUUUAUAACUUCUGUUGUGUAUCUUGUGGAAACGAUUUACAUGUAUCUUGUCUCAUCACGCCAGAGAACCUCAAGAAGAGUUUUAAAAAACAACAGUUAUUAUUUGUCAAGACCUGAAGGCCUGUCAAAGGGCCAAAAAUGUUUUGUGACUUGUAAAAAAUAUGUGCUUGCUCUAGCAACCAAAUACUGUAUGAAGACAGCUAGGAUGCUCACCCCUGGCCCCAGGCUGAAUGUUGAGACCUGGACUUUUCAUUAAUGUUAUUACUAUUUGUGGAGAAAAAGGCAUAAAGCUCUGUUUUACAUGUAAGAGAAAGACUUUUGCGAGUGCAACAGGUGGUCAUAGUGUACAGUGUGCUAUAUGCUUGUGUCUACAGCUUGUGGGAUUAUAGAGGCAGGAUUUUGGCCCUUUUUUAAAACUGGUACUUUAUUUUAGCUGCGUGAAAAAAGUCGGGUUUACUGGAUGCUUCAAACAUUUUAUGGAAAAAUAUGAAGAAUAUUUUAAGGUUAAGUCAUCAAAUUUCUUGCUGCCUGACCAAACAUAGUUUCAAACCUGGGUUAAAUUACACUGUAUUGAUGAAUUUUAAAUGAACUCUGAGUAGAACCUGCUUUCUGACAUCAUUGUGUGCCCAGCUCUGUUGUCUUGUUUUAGGAGGAAAGACUGAUAAACCGAUUCCCUGUGUGAAAUAAGUCUUGGCUGUUCAUCUCUGGUUAUUUUUCUUUGCAAUAGUUUCUAACUGACAGUGUUAAAAAUUUAGUUAUCACCAUGAAAGAAUUUGUAUGUGAUUAUCUCUCAAAGGAAGUGACAGUCAAUGGAAGGAAACUAAAUGUAAGUUUGAAAAUUGUUCAAGUGGAUGGAAAGUUGUCUUUGUUCAACCACAACAUACAUGGAACUAAUUUCAUUCUUUUUUCCUCUGGAAAUAAUUAAUAAUCAUGACGGUUUUCUCCACUUAAACCUUUUGAGUCAUAAAAUAAUAUGUUCAGCAGCUACGUUACUGCUUUGUCCUUAUUGCGAAUAUUAUCCAGUGCUUUGCUCUGACAGAGCCUAGUGGCCCCUGGUGCCUACCUUUUGCUCUCGCACGACCAGAAAAUCUUAGUUUUUUUCAUACAAGUUAGAUGCUGGGCACCGUAGAUUUUACAGUUUUAGGAAUCCUAAAACUGUAAAAUCUAGGUUACUGGCUCUGCUCAAUUUUCCUUAGAGCACAACCUUGUAAUCAGUUUUAUACACUGUGGUUGCUUUAGUUUGUUAAUCUGAGUUUUGUAUCAAUGCCAAUUAGAAGUUGUUGAUAACUGUAGCCCUCUGCCCUUAACAAUCCAAAUUAUUUGAAGUUCUUCAGUUCUAAGUGUACACUGUACAAAGGAACCUCAAUAGAAUGAAGGGCUAAGGAACUGGUGAAAUAUGUUCACUAUAACGAGGCUUCAGUAUGUUGUGGUUCUUUUCAAUAAAUUUUGUUACCACUGUGAAGGGGGAGGGGGUAUGGUAUUUUAUUACUGGAGCCGCAACCCCUGGCAAUUGAUUUAAAUCAGGCUAAGGGCCAGGAGCUGUGGAUUUCUACUAGCUACAGUUGGUACCACUUAAAAAUAUAAAGUGGACAGUCACUCAAGACUCGGUUCUUGAAAGUUUGGAGAAUUGAGAAUGAAGUCCUGAGGAUCAAGGCGUAAGUGCCUGUCAACUUAGUUUUGAGAGAUACUGUAGCUGGGCGAAAUCCGCAGCCUUUAGUGGCAACAUUGAAUUAAAUGAAUUGAUUAGGGUUACUGCUCCUGUUUCAAAUAGCUCUUCUCCCCCCAUGUCAUAAUGACUGAAAAAAAGUACAUUAAGUUUUGUAUGGCCCAAGUCAAGUCAAGCAGGGUAGCCAUAUCAGCCAUUGGUUGGUAUCAAAAAGGGGUCCUGCUUAAAUUAUGACUACAUGAUAGAAAUUUAAAAGGUAAAAGUUACUUUAAAAUUAUGUACAAGGAUUUUAAAAAGUGGGUAAAAGGGAAAUUACAUAUCACCAUAAUUUUUUUAAGAUCAAGAAAAAUAAGACAGCUAUCAAAGUUAGUCCAGGAAGCUCAUUAGAGAUUUUGCACAAUCCAAGGAAACUAUGUAGGUUUGGAAUUCAGAAUCCAGCAUUAAUAAAUUUCAAAAAGAAAAUUAUUAUCAGGGUGCAAAGAAAAUCAUUUUUACAGCUUGCCAUUCACGCAAGCUGAAGCCAGCAUUUACUAGCCCAGACGUCAUUUCAACUAGCCCCAAAAGCUUUUUGUUGAGCAGAAUUGAUUUCACACUUCUUCUGUUAUUCGAAUGCCUCAAAGAACAUCACUUGCCUAGCGGGCAAGUUAAAAACAGAUUUCACUAGCCCGAUAGGAAAAUCCACUAGCCCCGGGCUAUCGGACACUACUUUCUUUGCACGCUAAUUGUGUAAAGUCAGUAGAAAAUGUAUUUUAAUAGAGAGGAGAAGUCGUUACGUCACAUUACCAUGGUAGCAAAAUUUUUGGAUGACAACAAACCAGUGAAGUCACUUAAAAGUCUAUUCGCACUAUUUCAAAUUUCACCGAUCUUAUUCAAUAUUUUAUUUAAUUUGGCAAAUCUUGGUGAAAUUUUCUUUGGGACUGUAUCUAUCGUUAUCUAAUUUUAGAAAGACAGCGACAAUUUUUGUGUUUUGUUUAACUACCCCAUAAAGCGGGCUCGUUAAAUUAGGCAGUUUCUUGUCGUAGUGAUGCAACGACGGCAAAGAAAUGUACAAAAUAGGGUGAUGCACGUGCAAAGUUGUUGUUUGUUUAAUAUAAGUUACAUAUACAUGUAUUUUUUGCCGUUCUCUUUGCGGUCGUCGGGUUUUUUGUCAUCCAGAAAUAGUACUACUAUGGUAACGUGACGUCACACUUCUCUCUGUUGUAUUUUACAGUAUAUGUAGUCUUGUCUGUUAACCGCUUUCAGGUGACAUUUGAUGACUUCAAAGAAGGAUUUGUAGCUGUGCUUUCUCAAGCAAUUGAACAGUUGUCCUCCAGUGAGGAUGAAGAUCAACCCUCUGAUAGUACUGCAGGUAAAUUAGUAAGCUCUUAGACUAGUCUUGGGAAUCAGUCGAGAAUAUUUUCUUAAUCACUCAUGGGAAAUAAUUGGAUUGACCAAACAGAUCAAUCAUCGAUUAUUAUCGGAAAAAUUUCUUUGCAAGAAUUUGAGGCAACACCUUGAGUGUUUGUGAAUUUGCCCAACCGGUCCUAAGUGUUUAUAAGAAAAGAAGUAACUCUCUUCUCUAAGCAAUGUGGCUGGAACAUGUUGUCAGACCAUCCCACACUUUGUUCUUACUAAAAGUAGUGUUUAAGGAACUCAAGUGUAGUCAGGUAGAGUAGUAUUUGCUGUUUGCCUUUUGAUCUUUCUAAUAAUGAAAACUGGCUUAAAGAGUCGGAGACAGUGGUUUGCAGUAACUUUCAUUUACUGGAAAUAAUUAUUACAUUAUACAUUUGAAACUCUUUUUAAAUGCAACCGGCACUUUAACCAGGGCUGUCAUUAAGGGGUGGGGCUGGGGAUUUUCCCCAGCUACUAUGAAGUCGACCCCCGUUUACUUUUAUAGGAGUAGAAGAAAAAUCGAAUCAAAGGUCAGAAUCCCUAGCUCUUUGAUUCCCUGCCUACUUGUUGUAUUUAUAAUUACCAGCUAACUUGAAGUCUUAGUGACAGCCCUAGCCACAGGCUGACCUAAACAAAUAAAUGCUGAACACCUUCUGUUUAAUGAAGGGGCUUUAUCGGGUGCAUGUAUUUACAGUGUAUACCUACUAUAAUGGUAAAUACUGCAGUGUCGUUGUGUACAUUAAUUAAUUAUUUAUGUAAGUGUAACAAUGUUUAUCAACAUUGAUCACUUUCAGAACCACCAAAGGCUGUGGUAAAUGAGAAGAGGUAUGGAAGAAGGUCACGACCAGAGACUUCAUACUCAGAAGACCUGUACUCUGCUGAUGAUGAGAGUCUGAUUGACAGUCGGCCAGAGAGUCGCUUGAGUGACUCACACUUCACAAUGGAGGCUGAUCGUGUUGAGAGCCCUGUCAGAGAGGUAUGUAAUGAAAAAUUAUUGUAUGAAGUUGUUGUGGAUGAGAGGACAACAUUAUAACUUACUGUCUUUAUGUCACAUCUUAACAGCAUAUUAGCUCAGACCUGAGUACACAAAGCAGAGUGCAAAGAAAGUCAUUUUUACAGCUUACGAUUCGGGCAAGCUGAGGCUAGUAUAUACUAGCCCAAACGUCAUUUCAACAAGCCCCAAAAAAUUUUGAUGAGCAGAAUUGAUUUCACAGUUCUUCCGUAAUUUGAAUUCCCCAACAAACUUCAGUUGCCUGUUGGGCAAGUUAAGAACAGAUUUCACUAGCCUGAUAGCAAAAUCCACUCCACAGACUUGCAUGUACAUUCAUUUUGCCUCCACCCCUGGGCCAUGUCAGAGUUAGUAUAGCGUGACAAAACAGCCAACAUUUUGCGACACCACCACUAGUUUUCCCUCAGAGUGACGUCUGAGAAACGAGGUCAUCAGACAUUCGAUACUGAUGACGCAUCAGUGCCCAGAUCUGGGUAGUGCUUCUGAUUGGUGGAAAGUUUGUUUCAACCAAUCAGAAACACUACCCAGAUUUGGGUUCUGAUGUGUCAUCAGCGUGGAAUUUCUGUGCUCGUUUCUCAGAUGUAAUUUCGCUGGGAAACCAGUAGUUUCUAAUGUCAGAGGGGACUUGAGUUAGUUUAACCAUUCACCCUUGAACUGCUGGUGAUUGCCUGUGUGUAGCCAUGCCCCUUCUACAGCUUGUGAUUUCAUCAGCCUUAGAGAACUCUAUCUAGGAGCUAGCUGUGCCAAAAGUGGACAUUCCUGGACAUUCCAGGCACUCAACCUUCAUUAAGCUACACAGACGUUAAUACAGGGUUUUUCUGAAUUAUUAGAGAGGUGGAAUUAAUGGGUUACAGGUAGCUGGGACUGUGAGUGUAUGGUGUUCUUGUGUAUACAUGUAAUAUUAUUACUCACUCAUUUUCUUUCCCUUAAGGAAAAAACAAAGUUGAAAAGAAGACUGUCUAGCAGGAAGAGUAGCCUGAGAAACAGCAUACGUCGUCACAACUCCAAGCAGAGGAAGUCACGUGAAGAUUCUGUCAUUGUGAAUGACUCCGAUGCAGUGGAUAGUGGUGGUUAUUUAAGUGUUUCUCCACACCCAAAUGAUGGCAACUCAGGUAUUUGAGAUUUGCAAUGUUCUCCAUGCAGUUAUAAGGAGCCAUUGUAACUGUAUGGUUCUCAAGCUAGGCCAAAUCAGCAACUGGUAUAUCAAAUAACCCUUGAGCCCCAUGUGCACAUACAAAUUCACCAGACCAGGGGCGGGUGGAGAGGGAGGGUGCAGGGGGGUGCCCACCCCCCUCCCUGAGAUGACUCGUGGCUUUCUCAUUAACGCUGUGCAGUCACUUUACAGUUAUACAAAAUCUACUGUAUCGCUUGAUAUUUAUCAGCAUUUCACAUUAUGUUAUUGCCUAGUCAAAAGCCUUCUUCUUCAUAUUCGCUUUUAAAAUUUGUUUACGUCAGUUACGCCAUCCGGUAGUGGUGCACCCCCUCCUAAGAAAAAUCCCGAAUCCGCCCCUGCAGACUGAAUUACGUACAUUUCUAUUUGAGGAUCAGUCAAGAGAGAUUUGUGAAAAAAUCAGAGAAUUUUCCUGUUAGCGAUCAUUACUUUAAUUCUCUUACCUCAUCCUCGCUCUCUCAUUUUCUAAUUAUGUAUUGAUAUUGUUAGGGGAAAGUUGAUGCUUGUUACUCGUGGGACUUACUGAAAGGUUUAAACAAGUCCUUGAAUGUUUUACAUAUUGGUGUACAUGUAUGUCUAAUAUUCUGCCAGGGUAUGAAUCUCCCACUGAAGAGGAACAACUGAGAGCAAUCUGGAAUGAAGUCAAUGUUGGUGCAACAGGUUUCCUGGACAGACACGAACUGUCAGUUGUGUGUGAUCACAUCGGCAUGGACUCCAUGAAUGAACAGGUUUGACAGACACUGAUUUUUUUCUCAUUAAAAUUAGGGAGCUUAUAUAAAUACGGGAAGACAUUUUUGUGUGAUGAACUGAUUUUUGCAUUUUUUUGCAGUGGUUACAUGUUAUGGCAAAAUGGCAAAAUUGUCUUGCAAAUCCUUUCUGUAAGAGUUAAGAUACUAAGCAGUACAAAUUUGGUAGCAUCAAGGCGUGUCAAAAGGCUAAAGACCUCACUGCCAAUUGUUGGCGUCACUCAAAAACACCUUUUCCUUAAGCUCCCUAUUAUUACAUGUAUAUUGAGUACUGUAGGUCUGCAAAUUAGUUUUCCUUUUAGAAAGGACAUAUUUCCCACCAUUUUAGCUAGAUAAACCAGAACAAUUGUCAAUCAUACAACAUGGUGACAUUUAAAAUUUUUUAUUCAGUACUAGGCAAAUUUUUCAGCUCCAAAUUUUUUGCUUUUGGUAUUUGAUCAACCCAGUCAUCUUGUCUGAUAGGUAAGACGUUGUCAGACAUGAGCAAGAUAUAGUCAGACAUUUGAAUAGCAUAGAGAAAAAAAUUAAAAAGUAAAGAAGAUAAAAUCUCAAAUAAAUAUUUAAAUUUAAUUAAACUAAAGAAAUAAAAUAUUUAGAAAUUAAGAGAGAGAGAAAUGUGGAAAGACAGUAUCAGAUAAUGGUAAAAUUUUUUUUUUUUUUUUAGAUUUGUUAUGAACUAAUGAGCUAGGGAUUAAAUAACAAUACCAAGCCAGCAUUAAACAUACUUUAAGUAGUAGGAAAUUUUCCAUAAUUAUUUGGUUAGAUAAAUUAAUGCGAACAACUACUUGUGAUCAGUAUCAAAUGCCUGCUUCUAUUCUGAGUAUUUUUUGUACCAGAUGUUGAAGUGUGGGUAACCUGUGACAUGUAUUCACCCUCCCUUUACACUUUGGUUUAGAAUAAUGAUGAUUGACAGUUUCCAUAGUGAGGUUAAUAGCUUAUUUUAAUCUCGGUUGCAAUCAUUUAUUCAUUAUGAUGUUGUUUUUAGGAGCUGGCUCUCCUGUUUGAGGAGCUAGAUGAAGAUGGUGAUGGUAAAGUGAGCUUCGAGGAGUUCCUUCAUGGCUUAUUUGUGGCCAAAGAUAUUCAGCAGUCUGAUGUGGAACCAGAGUGGGAACAGCAUCAUUCAACCCCCUAUAACCACGCCCCUCCACCCACUUCACCAAACUACACUUCGAAAGUAAGAGGCUUGAUCAAUGCACUUUCAGUUAUGGGAGAACUUUUAAGUGAAAGCACUACAAAUGUAUUUGGUUAUAGCUUUACCGGUAUUUAUUUAUUUAUACAUGUUGAGUGGUCCGUAUACAUAAUUACAAAUGCUAGAUAUUCUCUGUUCGCAAAUAACCGAGCCAAUCAAGGCGAGCAGAGCAGAGGAUACAUUUAUUAGGCACUAUUUAUUGAAAGUAAUUUUCGAACUCUUUCGUCACAGGGUCAGAGAAGAUCAGUCGUCCAUGACGAUUCUUCAUUUUUUGUGUCAACAAGAACCGCUGGUAGUAGUUCAGCGUUUGGUAAGACAAAUCAUUUAGAGUAACAAACUUAUUCUUUCGCAAGUGGCUUAACUGCAUACAUUUAGGGCAGGUUACUUAAACUUAGUUAGUAGAGGUGACUGGUUAUGAAAGCAAAGAUCAAGAAAACGGUGCUGGGGAUUAUCUUGGAAGCUACCUGACAGACUCAAUCCUUUGUUUUUUGUUCACUACCGUGACGUUUUUAUUACUUAAUAAGAUCAAAAUGACAGCGUGCAAAGAAACUGGUGUCUGAUAUUCCGGGGUAGUGGAUUUUGCUAUUGGGCUGUCGAAUUCUGUUCUUAACUUUCCCGAUGGGCAAGUAAAGUUCUUGGAAGAACUGUACACCAAAAUCUUUUUGCGGGCUAGUUGGAAUGACUUUUCGGCUACUAUAAUGCUAGCUACAGCUUGCCGAAUGGGAAGCUGUAAAACUGACUUCUUUGCACCCUGAAAUGAUAGGAAUGCUAUUAAACUUUGUGCAUAGUAAAGACCCAAAAACGUAUAACAAAAGAGUCUGACGAACCUCGUAACCAUUCCACUCUAUUAACUAUGAUUUAAAUGAAUUCUAACGUAUAGAGUGUGGCUUUACCAUGAAGUUUGUUUACAAGUUUAGUGGGCUAUUUUAAAGUCCUGGUCUCAGUAAAACACUGUUUUGACUGCUUUCGUCUUCCAGGUUGAAAAUAACGUAGAAUGUUUGACAAGAUCACUGUUGCAAAGUAUUACUUUUUACGGGUCAUUACAAGAAAAUACCACUCGCUCAGCAGCCAAUCAGAGUGCGCUUGCUAUCCUUGUCACAUUUAUAAUAAACAUGCUUAACUAUACUGUUCUUAAGUGAAAAUUAUAGCUUUGAAAGGUAAUCAGGAUUUAUUCUAGGAAUUGGCCAAUUUGUAAACUUGUCAGUAGAGUAUCUGGACAUUAUUGUACCAUUUGGUUUGAAAUUAAUUUUCUUUCUUGGCCUACUUGCUUUUUUCAUUGUCGUAACAACCGUUUUCACAAGUUGGAAAAGGCGACCACACUUCACUCUUGAUUUGCUGCAUUUACGCGGCAUUAUUUUUCAAAUCGCAGAAUGCCGCAAUGCCGUGUUCUAGAGUCAACCUUGCGUAAUGGGAAACUUUCAAUCUACAUCAUUUUUCUUAAAUGUCAUCUGUGAUCCACGAGUCGGUCCACGGGACUAAUUUGUUACUAAAGGGAUUUGGAGUGACGUCUACGGCAAACGACACCGUGAAUUUGUACCACGUGACUAAGUCUUCUUUGUUGACUAUAAUAAUUGUUUGGUGCAGUUUUUAUCUACUUAUUUUCUAUUUUGAGAAAUUCUGAACUUGAUUCUGGCGUCUGGCGUCUGGCGUUUGCCUUUAGCAUGACUCUAAAUCUCUCUAUUAUCACCAACAUUACCUUAUUCUAACAUGACUUUACUUUAUUUUUUGCAGAUCUUAUGACUCUAUUAGAUACCGAAAAUACCGGGUGAGUGCAAACCUGAAGCCCUACUCAAACGGCCUUGAUAAACGAUGAUUCAGGUUUUGGGCCGAAAACUACCAAUUCUUGAAGAAUUAAUGAAUUAUUAUUUCGACUGUCUAGUACAUAUAUACUAGUCUCAUCUUUUUCUUCUUUUCUCGGUAAGGUUCGCUAAAAAGGAAGACAUCAAAGAUUUCUGGCUGGCCCAGGGAUUAAACGAAGCUAUUCCACUUCUAGAGGCAAGUUAUCAUUUGUUUGGUAUUUACGACAGUAUAAUAUACAUCUGCUUAAUUAUUUUGAGAGAGACCCACGUGUAUUCUGAACAUUUAACUUUUCUCCAUCUUCCUUAUACUAUUAACAGAGGAACCUCAGCCAAAUCAUCACAAUAAAUAGAGUGUUUUCACUCAUGUGGCCAGCAUCUAUGCUAAUUUAUUGGAACAAAAAAUAGUCUUUACAUAAGAAAAGAGAUCAACUCCCAGAGGAUUUUCUUGGUACACCAACAUGGCCGCCCUUUCAUACGCCACUUCCACAUUUCCCAUAGUGCACCUUAUUUACCCCCCAAAAUUUGGCAUACGUAUUGUUUUUAUAAUACCCGGGAGAAAUGAAAAACACAGGUUUUGCCAAAAUGUUUUUUUUUUUUUUGGGGGGGGGGGGUAAAUAAGGUGCAUUACGGGAAAUGUGGAAGUGGCACAUUGUUCUGGAACACAGGUAUGGGCGCCGUGACGUCAUCUGAAAACGCUCUACACUAGUGAUGAUAAUUUUGGCAUUUUUUUAAUUCUCCACUUACCCGAUAAGCACAUAAUUACGUAUAUUAAACGAGUAUAUUAGUGAAGAGGAGAUGUUAAAGUGGCUAGAAAGAAGCAGUGAUAAUCAAUUGGCUUAUUUCCCUUUACUUAACAGAUCCAAGCGAAUUCUCCCUACAUUGUUGAAAACGGAAAUAGCAAAGUGACUGCUAACCAAAUUAUAUGAUUUCAACUUAAGUAAUAUAUUUUUCUUGUUUUAUUCGCAGCAUCUGGAAGUAGACGUGGAAGGUAAAUUAAGUCUUCAUCAGCUUACCAACUUAUUGGAGUCUGUCAUUGAAGAGCAGAAUAGCGGCCUGCCAAAAGCUGUUGUAAACAUUUACAAGCAUGAGGUCGUGCAUUUAAGGUAAGUGUACUUAAGGCUACUAAAGACUUCCUAGGCUGUAUAAGCGCUUACAAAAGCAUGUUAAAUGUCAGUGUAUUUAGUGCGAAGUACGGAACUAAAUGACCGGGCUGUUUCAAGUACCUCAUUCCGGUGCCAUCUUGGUUCAAUGCACGAAGAGGGCAGGCGUCGGGUUUUAUAGCCCGCGCCCGCCCCCGUCCUGCCCCAGGGUAGAUUUGAUAUUCUUUGCCAAGUUGCACUCGGUGCUUUUUGAAAUCAAGAUGGCCGCUUACAGUAAGCGCUCGAUCUCGACGAUCUCAAGUAUAAAUGGGAAACUGCUAAUAGUCUAAUGCGGUCGUAUCCUGCGAUUUCAGCUUACUCAUCCUCGCUCCCCCCCGCUUGGGACGUUUGGCAGUCGGCGAGGUGUGAGUAGAGACAGCUGUAUUCACAGGCUAACGAGGCCAAGGAUCCGGCAAACCCUAAACCUCCUUUUCGGCGGAUCAACUCUCUUCCAAUUGAGCUUAUCAAGUAGUCACAAAAACACGAAAUUACUUUAAUGUUUCGUUAAACCUUAUCUGGUGCUUCGUUUUGUUUCGUUUCUUUGUGCUAAUGAAUAUUUUUCGGUUCGUUUACUGCGUUAUAGGCGUCAUUUGAAUGGUCACACUAAUGCUUUACUGACUCAAAUGUGUAGCGGGAUUUAAGCAGAACCACUGCUAACAGUCUUUUCAAACCGCGCUCUCUGGGGUGGAAGGCGAAAGUGAUGUCCUUGCGUAUUUCCCUUUUUUUAGGACAAAGUGCAAAACUCGCGCAAAUUGUAUUGUAAUAAACUUUGAAAUAAACGUAUGACUCAAAACAGGUGCUGCGCCUAGCAAAUAAACUUGGAAUGUUUUGAAUACAGUCGCGCUCAAAAGAUAAAAUUAAAGUUCGCUUGAAAAUGUUGCAAACAGCAGUUCACUUUAGGGCAGCUUCACAGUCAGCUAUCAUUCUUUGUGAUAUCAGCUCGUGAUGUAACUCAAACAACAGUACAUACCUCUUCUUUACUUAUCCCUCAUUCUCGGAUGAAGGCUGCAACUACCUUAACUUACAACUCUCCCUAUGACAUGAAAGAAAGAAGAAAAAUAUCCUCGGGGUUCAUUUUUCGUGCUUUUUCUACCGCUUCUUCUUUCUACAUUCUUUUUGCCCUUUCUAUGGUUUUGCAGGCCAUUAGCAGCUGCUUUAAGACGAAAAUGUGUUGGCAUUUUAUUUCGGGGCGUAGCGUUGUGUCAUUUUUAUUUUCGCACGUACUUCUGUUGUUUACAUGUGGCACCCAUACGGGCGGGACACCCUGUCAAUUUCCAACACGUUGAUUGGUUGAAGUUCACGUUGACGCCUCUUUUUUGGCGGGGUUUUCAAGGGCAGAGUGUUAAGGAAUUAAGUGAUCUCAACAUGGAACACUGUCCACCCCUUUGCAUUGUGACUAUGAGCGUUAAGAUUGUGCGCAUUAUUUCAGUUUAGUUUCCUCCGCCACGAGGUACACAUUCGUCGUUAUAGCGUCCAUUGGCGAUGUGUGGUCCGUAGGUGUAGAUAAAUUCGCUCAUCCAAAUGGCUACGUCGCCAAGACAAAUCGAAGGUAAAGAAUCGGUACUAAGGUAUGACUGCGAUUCGGAAUCGUUUGUUGGGGAAAAAGACGCGAACAAACUUCUGUCCGAUUUCAUGACACGCCGUUCAAGGUAGCUAUAUUGAGUUCUAGUUUACUAAAUUCCGUAUUUCUUGACAAGUCGCUUAUGUACUUCUAAACACACCACUGAUUUUCCAAAGAAUCAAUUUAUCUUGCUUCAGAAUCAGUUGCUUCGUCUAAUGCAAUGAAAUUCAUUCCUGAGUAGCUUUUUCUGUUUUCUUUGUUAUACUCGUUAAAUAUUAACAGACACCACGGGGUAUUGUUUACUCCUCGAAAGUUGCACUCUGUCAGUGUGCUUUCAAUUUAUUUAGAUUUUUACAAAUAGAAGAAUAAAAAAUGGCUUUUCAUGUGUAGGAUUUAAUUGCAAAAUGAGGGUUAUCCCUUCUCUUUUUAUCCACACACCCAGCAGUUAGAACCACCUUUUACAAACUGAGAACAAUACCACAAGUAAAUGCUGCUAAAUAAGCUUUCGUUUGAAUUGCCAUAAAAUGACGAUUUCAGCCAAAAUUUGUAAAGCCAAAUAUACACACAUGUAACCCUUUCUCAAACGCAGCCAAUAAACGGAACCAGUGGAAUUAAUGGUGCAAUAAAUUUCACCUGAAUGGCCACUCUAGGAUUUCUUGCAGCAGCUAAAAGGAAGAAUUCCGUGUAUACCCAUUUACGAUGGCAGUAGUUAACCACUAAAUGGUUUCAUUUUAAUGGUGAAUUGCUUGUGCUUUGUAGGUUGUUAAAAAAAAAAGACCACUUCUCACACCUGUCCAAGUCAAGUUGAGAAACCAAAUUAAUAAUCAUCAUUUAAAUACAUUUCAAAGUAAUGUAUUUCUGUAUGAUGGCGACUGAAUGUUCUUUUCUUUAGAAGCUUGCACCCUAACUGUUGCGUUUCUCUUCCAGGUCGCAAGUGGAAACAGUUUCCGCAGAGCGGGAUGCCCUCAAGGAAAAUAUGGUUAAAUUAACAGAAGAAAAACAAAUGCUUAUAGUAGAAAGCGAGGAUACGGCACAGAAAUUAGAAAAACAACACGAGACAAAACUGAGGUAUGACUGAGAGCAAACUGCCUUUCGUUUCCUUGCCCUACGUUCUUGCAUUAUGCUACUGGUUUUGGUUUUUCUUUUUCAACAUUACGUUUUUUGUACAUAUGAGGAGACUUGAAAUACUCUCUUGACAAACGUUUGAUCUAUUCCACCCUCUUUAUUGUGCAAAUUCACUGCGGUAAGAAGUGAAAAACGCUAGAAUAUAAAUUUUUCUGUCCGGUUUACCGAAAUUUUGAUAAUUGUUGUUUCUACCGUUUAUAUAUAUAUCUGAAGUAGUUAAACUGUUUUUAUUCGGGAACAACUUUCAAAGAACAGCUUAAUGGUUCAGUGGCUCUCGAUUGAGACAAUGACCUGCUUGUUUGUCAGUUCAGGUUGUUUACUUGUCAUCACAAACUUUCUGGUAGUACCUGUUAGUAGAUCAACACUUGUAUUGUCUUCGGUAACGUCCGCGGCAAAUAUAGGGAGGAUUAACGUUCUCUAGUUUUAAACAAAAGAAGAAUCUUCUCUGUUUACUUGGACACAAAAAACUGAAUUUGCUAGUAAUCAGUCCUUAGCUCACUAGCAAGCUACAGAUAUAUCUGGUUGAAAGUUGUUUUACUAUUGGCUGAUUCUGCGAGUGGGCAAGAUAUUAGCGAAUCCUAUGUUCUGAUCGGCUGCCCACGUGGGCAAGGUGAGGGUUAGAUACCUUGCCCCCGCGGGAUAUCCCGCUUUGGGUCGCGCAAGAAUACAGUUCUCUUGGCAAUGUAAUAAAUAGUUUACUGGCUAAACUUGUUCGGGUCAAGAGGGCUUGAUAUUGGCCUAGUUCUUUUUGGGGGGUUUUAUCGAUCUCGACGAACUUUGCCAAUAUCCAACCAUCUUGACCUUAUAUGCUUGGUCAAUAACGCCUAUAUAAAGCAUCGUCUCAAAUAACAGAACGAUCAGGGAAUAAAAUUAUUGUUACUUAAAUUGUAGUUACUUCAGUUAGGUAACGUAGAAUGAAGUCAAUGACCUAUUUCCACGAACUGCCUUUGAUAAUAAGUUAGAACUGCAAAGAGAUGAAACAGUGGCUGGAACCCUUCGUCCGUUUCCCCAAACUUUGGAAGAAAUGUCGGGUCCGAUUGUUGCAGAUGGAUCAGUUUUUGUUUUAUCUUAAGAUUCGCAUAGGUGACAAAAAAAGUUGACAGAAUUUCCAUGCGGCAAAAACAGAAUCAUUGAAUUGUGCAAACCGAAUCCCGAUUUUAUGGAUUUAGGUUCUUUUGUGAUUGGUCGGAAGUUGUCAGACAUUUACGCUAACUUUCGUACAUUACUGGGUGGGAUACUUGUCCAUCGCGAGUUUCCCCAACCCCACCCCUAGUAGUCAGACGGUUUCGUAUUUGUAACCUAACCAUCACGCUGUCUUCCCUCACGCUGAAAGAAGUAGUGAUACGUCUAGGCGAUUCGCGUUAACAGAUCCUGCUUGCAUGCCCUGUGGCAGGCGAACGUUUUAACUGACCCAUUCCACUCAGAUUAGGGUAGGCUGGGUGAUACAGUUUCUGACAUUUUAAACUGUGGGCGAACUACAGUCAGACCGCAGUCACAUUGUAUUACCAGGUCACUUGCCGAAAUUGAAAACGUGAUAUCGUACAUAGCUUCAUCAGCAAACCAACAGGGUUCCAACUAUUAUAGACGCAACUUGAAUGGUUUGUCUUUGUUUCCACAGGGAUCAGGAAUCGAUGUACACGGAAAAAAUGCAGAACUUGCAUCAAACACUGACCGAGGAGCGGGACAAAGUUUUACACAACGCCAACCAACAGAGAUCCGUGUUGGAAGAAUCACUCCACAGCACUAAAACAGAGGAGCAGCGGCUCAGAACCAAGCUAGCUGAGGCCGAAGAGGUGGGCAUUUUAUCUCUUUUCUGGUUGUUGGUUUAGUAUUUUAAUAUUUGCGACUUUUUUGGCUUCAAGUGUCAGAGUUCAUCAGUUUUUUUUCCUCGUGUAAAUAAGGUUGUUGGCUUUUGUGACAAGACCUCAAUUUAGCAGUGUUAAAGGUAUUAGGGACCUUUAGACUGGGCUACGAGUACAAACCAAGUUCUUCAUGAUUGUUUUUUAUCACACUUAUCUUAUCCGUUACGUUUAUUUAUGUGCUGGUACCAACAAACCAGAACUAUUUCCUGUUACUCAACAAUAAGCUCGUACGCGUUCUCGGUUUGGCACUCGUAGUCAAAUCUACAGAAGGCUACGUUUGUAGUUCCCAGUGCAGGGUGGAGCGGAAAUGUCAUAAUAGGCCAUAGCUGUCACUAAGGGACGGGCACUGGGGACCGGGGAUCUCCCUCAUCUGCAAUGAGGAUGAUCCCCACCUACUAGCAUGGGAAACAAAAGGGCAUUAGAAGAUAAACGUCUUCCUAGAUGUUCACUUCCCCACCUAUGGACGGGGACCGGGGAUUUCCCCCAGUUACUAUGAGGAUGAUCCCAUCCUACUUGCCAGCAUGGAGACAAAAGGAUAAAAGAAGCAAAAAAUCUUCCUAGAUGUUCAAUUCCCCGGGUACUACUUCACACCCACCAACUUGAAAGCUUGUAGUGAGAGCCCCUGGUGAUAGGUAAAUGACGCUGUUCGGAAAAUAGACCGGUUUGUCACACACUUGUACAAAGUCAGAUUAAUUUUUCGUUGCGGGGCGGGGUGCAGGGGGCAAGGCUAAGGACUUUCCGAGGGACAUCCUUGUUAAUUCACAGCAACGUACACAGAUUAUGUUGGCAUGUGGUCUUUAUCAUCGUUUCUAGUUUUGGGAAAAUUUGUUAGAAUGAAUUUUUACUUUGGUAUGAAGUCGUCGAAAAAUCAUGGGAUUGAUGACAUAAUUCUCUGGUCUCUCGCACUUUCUUUGGUUAAUAGGAGAUCUUGCGGCUUGAGAAGGCGCUCUCUGAUUCCCAAGAGAAACUCACAGAUGCUGAAAACACCCGGGAGAGACUUGAAAAGGAAUUGGAAUCCAUGUCAGACCUGUCACAUAGGGUAAGUAGGUUAUAAGUCACGUGGUAUCCCCAAUGAACUGUUGGAUUUCAUUAGUGUUAUAUGAUGCUACUAUUACACAAGAGACAAGUGAAACUUGUUUAUUCGGAUUACGAAUGAAGUACGUUCUCUUAUAAAAUGUUAACUUGAAAUACGUUUAUUUUGUCUGAGCAAUUAGAAAGCAAGCAAGCUAGGCAUUUAUCUACUUGACUCUCAACUGAUUCAAUUUAGGUACCCUAUCUAAGGAUCGCAUUAGGAACGCAAUGUUAAAAAGGGCAAAAACAAUGCACAAUACAAGGAUCGAGACCCUCAAAGACCGUACCCUGUUGGGGCGGUACUUACCUUUUUAACCCAUAUAAAGGAGAACCCUUAAUAAAACAGAGCUUUGUUAGUACCAGUGCAACAGAAAUGUGUUCUUAUCGGUUGAGAAAAUGAGGUUUUAGCUGAUCUAUUGCCUGUCCCUUCUGCAGCUGGCUGAAGUUGAAAAACAGCAAAUACUAAAACAGCAACAGAACCAGAAAAACAGCAAAAGCAUCCGCGAACUGGAGAGAGUAAAUCGGGUGAGUUUUACAAUAGUCGUGUGUCUUCCACUACGUUGCUUUAAGCUCAAUGUCUUCCUCUAGUGACUCAAGUCAAAGGGCGAUACUAGAGCGGGGAAUUUAACGACGAACACUUAAAACUGGUGUCUAAAUGCCUUGCAGUUGGUCUGCAGAUUGCAAAUUGUCCAGCAGUAGGCGUGAUUCGGACCUACUGCGCCAGUCUUAGAAGGACUCUGCCGCUCAUUUAGCGAUUUGAACACCUUGAGUGACUGCCUGAAAAAGGUCUGAGCUGGCUCGCAGGCUAAACUUAGGACUUGAAACUUUUAAGCAAUGCUAAUAAAGAACUUUCAUUAUUAAACUUAAACUCGCUCUUAGAUUCCUUUUUUGCAUUGCAUAAUUCAACACAAGGAGGUCUUAUUAAGAGCUUCUAGAAAGCGCCGCGUUCACGUUGAGAGGUGUGAUGCAAAUAAUAUUCGAAUGUGCCCUUGUUUUGACGCGUUACCUUUUUUACCCGUUUUGUCUAUCAGGAACUUCGAGACGAAAAUGACGAACUACGUCUCCAGUGCGAGGCCCUGACGCAGCAAGUCAACAACUCGGUCAAGCGACGACCAAGCCAUCGCAAACGACAGGACAGUCAGAAGGUCCAUCGGCAUGGUUCGGUUCUUUCCGACUACACGAAGCCUGUUGUGAUUAAGCGGAAUAAGGAAGGUGUGACGUCAUCGGAUGAGUCCGAUACCGCUGACCAUCCAGACGGUACGCGUGUUCCUUCUGUGCGAGUCAGCGGUGAUGGCGGGUCAAAUGAGGACGCGGGUAAGCUGCGCAAUUCAUGCACGCGCAAAGUUUUAAUCUCAUACUCUGCUCUAUAUUUCGGUGUGAACUGUUGUUUCAAGUGAUGUGUGACUUCAAUCAUUAUAAAGUGUGUCCAUCGAUUAGAUUCUACAGAGCACCCUGCUUCGUUAGUCUCUUUCCUUGCUAGCCUUGAGGUAAGGUGAGUUACAAUUAAGCGCACUUGCCAUAUUUCGUAGUUGCCGGGCCGCGUUGAAUUUCCGUCCGGUAAUAGUUGCUACCUCUUUGUAGAAAAUAUCAGGAAAACAAACUCUUCCUCUGUAUAUUCCUUCCCUUUCUCAGGAAAGGAUUCCUUUACCAGAAGAGGGUUUCGACUGUAGUCCUCAAAGAUUACCUCAAUUAUUUGAACUCAAUUUAUUCUCUAAGUACUUCGAAUGCUUCUGAGUUUGAAUCUGAGACCUUCAAAGAAUACCGGAAUUGUCCAUUGCCAGUGUAUGUGAACACCUAACUUGCGAUCAGGCGUUCUUUUUGACAAAGAGCUGAGGGAAGAAGAAACGCCUGAUCGUAGGUUAUUAAACACCGUGUUCUGUAACCCACCGAAAUAUACCUCAUUGGUAACACACUGAAACCGCUUUCACUUUCUUCUUUGCCGCUGACCAUUAGUGCUGAAUUGUUUGACCUGCCAACCGCACAUUGUUAAUUAGCAACUCACGUUUACUUUUAACAUGGCUAAUUAUUGUUAAUCUGUGUAAGUUUUAGUUGUGACUCGCUAAUGGUAGUAUUUUAUAACAACUAAGCGCACCUGACCGCGAGAGAACUGAUGAGCAGCAUCACCGACCACGUGGCUUUUGUAGGAGUCACUGAGAGGUUUUGUGUGUUCACAUACGUAACUCAGCCCUUGCCCUAUGCUAACGAAGUAAAAUGUAUCUCUAUAAAAUGAUUGUCCUCUUUCUUUUUUUUCCUUGCUUACAAGCUGUAGUUCCCAUUGUGUUCUUAAAUGCCUUCUAGUUUGCCUUCAACGAAGAGCACUUUCCACACGCCUUAAAAUUUCAAAACAUGGAUCUUUCUCUCAAAACAUUUUUUCUUUCUCUUGACGCAUUUUUUGUUUUCCACAUUUCCAAUGUGAAUUAGGAGUCCUAGUUUACCUUGAAUUCUUGACGGCCAUGGACUGGAUAUCCUAAGGGAGCGGAAGGCCCGGGUUCUAUUCCCGGCCGAAAUAAUACUCAACUCGGGGUCAUGUAAUUACUGCGGAGGGGUUGCCUCUCGCGGUACCUCUCUGAUCUAAUUCUUGUGGGACGUAAAACAGCCACUAGGGAGCUACUAUCUUCUGGUAGUGACCUCCCCUAGAAUCUCUCUCGAGGCAACACUUAAAUCGGAACCUAGCGCUGUUUUAUUAUCCUUGUCAUGCCAGUGUGGUUAAAUUGCUCUAAAUCAACAUCUAAACUUCUUUCUCAUUGUUUUUACUGUGUGCGCCUUUAUCUUCCUUUCUUAUCUUUACAAAUCGACAGGUCAAUUUACAGAUGAUGACGCUCCUCCUCUCCCGUGGUCCGUGGAAUGUGAUGAACAAAUCUUGUUCAUAAAAACGGAAGGUUUUCUUCUCACUUCUUUAUUGAUUUCCGCCCCACCUAUGAUUUCCUCUCUUUGUCAAGUAUUGUGUGCUAACACUCGUUUCACGCGAUGAGUAGAUACGCUAGCUCUGGUAUACUCUUGUUCCUUCAUCAGGCGCUGUUUUGAUUAAAUAUCCUCUGGAAUGUUUCUGGUCUGUCCUGUUCUUUCCUUUGCUCACUUGAUUUGCCAACUUGAAGGACAUCUUAAGAUCUUAUUUUAAAAAUGCGCAUUUGCUCUAAAAUCAUGUCUGAAACUUUGAUCUAAUAAAGUUCAGUAAAGGCUCUGAGCGGCAGAAUAGUGCAUUGGCAUGAGUUGUGCCUGAUAAUAAGCAUGCCGGGUUUCAAUAACCCAUAGAACCGACUUUGUCUUCAUUAUCUUCUCUCCUUUUGCGCUUGAUCUAAGCUCCAUGCUUCCCUCGAGUUUACAAUCGCCUCUGAAACGUAAGAAACGUAGGCGGUCUCUAUUAGCAAAAUUAGAUCGAAUGUAAUUUUUAACGUCCUGCAAUGGUUGUAUUCUUGUGUAUUUUGCAGAUGACUCGCAUGAAUUGGCAGAACAAAAGAGUAAGUUUCUUGAUAUAAAUCUUUACAUCACUUCUAACGGUUAUAAUCUAUACCUGAUGUCAGACCAAGAGGGAUUAUAAACCAUACCCUUUUGUACCGCACGUACCUAUAUAGCUUAUACAGCGGUUUUCACUUGACUGUCGUAAAACCAAAACCAAAGUAAAUACACUAGCCAACCAAAGGGCGUAGUAAAACCAAAACCAAAACCAAAACCAAUCCCUUUCGACAGUCAAGUGAAAACCGCUCUAUGUGAGUAAUCCCCGGAUUACGUGAGAACGCUCGGCGGUCCCGGCUUUUACACCUCGUUAACCCUACACUUUAACACUCUCAUACUCUCGUACGCGUUCUCCCUCAGAAGCUAAAAAUUAAUUCAACCCUAAAACAAAUUAAGAAUAAAGUGCAUCACGAAAAGUCAUUCGUUCGAACAAAAGACGAAUUGUGACAAGUUUUUGGUAUAGUUUAUUAAAGGGGAUUUGUCACGUCAUUUGCUGUCCACGGACAGUAAGUGUGUAGUAGUGUAAAAGGAAACCAGUUUUUUAAUCACAAUGAUAUGUCUGCAAAAAUCAUCAAAAAAUUGAACUUGCUGCCGCAAGGUUUGUUUAUGGCAGAUACGUAAAUGAUAUUGGAGACAUUUUAAAGCUGAACUGGCUCCCAGUGGAAUAGAGAAGGGCACGCUAAGCAGUGGCCUUCAUAUUUAAACUUACAGAGAGUCUCUAUAUGUAGAAGUGUGCGCUCUUCGGGCUCUGUAAGAUUACAAGUUCCUCUGAAAAAAAAAAACCUUCCAGCACACUGCGGCUACCCUUUUUAAUAACCUUCCUUAUAAUCUUAAGAAGUUUGGCUAUUUUAAUGUAUUUUAGUUAAAGAACCAGGCACAGGCCAGCUUAUCUUAAUUGUACUUUAAGUUUUAUUCAUACGAGCAUUGUAAAUACUUUCUCUUUUAAUCGUUAUUUGUUCUAUUAUUUUCUUUAUAAGUAACAGUUGAAGAGCCGUAAUGUGGAAACCCUGUUAUUAAACUGAUUACUUACUUACUUUACUUCUAUUCGGGCCUCAGUUUUCUUCUCACCUCCUGUGGAUGGACAUAGCACCUUGCACUGAGAUUGCCAAUAGGCCACUUCCGAGUUCCAAAAACCCUCACUUUCAAAUGAGGCCAAGUGCACAACCUUUCUUGUGAAAAUGAGUUUUAUUUGCAUGAGAAUGAAAAUAAUUUCCAUAUCAAAGGCUGAGGACUUAACCUCGUUUUGAUACAGAGGCCCGGGCAAACUCGGAAAUGGCUUAGUAGGAGAAAAAUCAGUAUGACCUCAAGUUUACCUGUGACAGAAAUGAAUUUGCAAUCUAAAAAUAUAAACUGAAUGAUCGUAGAUACAAAAACUCACGGUGAAUUGAUAGAUCCUAAAGAAGAUAUUGAUUCACCUCUAUCACGGAGCAUAUAACUCAAUCCAUACUUUGAUAACUACUUUUCUAGCUUAUUAAACCCUUUCGCUUCUCUUUUCUUUUAAUUCAGAAGUCAUUGAGAAGCUGGAGAGUGAAUUGAAGGAAAAAGAGGAGCAGAUUAAGACUCACAGAGCCAAAGUUGAAGAACAAGAAUCAUCGAUCAGCGAACAAGAAAAACUAUUGUCUGAGCAGAAACAGUCCUUAACAGAAUUCCAAGAAAAGGUGCAGCAACUGGGUGACACGAUCAGACAGCAAGAAGGACAACUGAAGGAGCGAGAGGCAACUAUCCACGAGCUCAAGGACGAGAUCGGGUCACUUACAGGUUCUCUUGCGUCCGAUAACCAAGAAACACGGAAGAGAUUCGACACCGAGUUAGCGAAUCUCACUGCACAGUUUACAGGCGAAAUGGAGGGUCUUCAGAAGAGCUUUAACGUAGAAAAGGAACAGUUGGAGAAGGAGUAUCAAGCAAAGAUGAAAGACUUGGAGAGUUCGCUGAAGAGCGAACGGGAGAACCUCAGGAAUGAGCUGGAGGAUGGAUUUAGACAGGAGAGGGAAUUGUUGAUCUCCGAGUACGAGAGCGAGAAAUCCGAAAUGGAGGAGGAACACAGGGGCGAAAAAGAGAUGUUGGAGAAAUUAUUCAAGGGCGAGCUGGACAAAGAAAAAGAAAAGAUGGAAAUGGAGCAGAGCCGCUUGAUGGAGAAGCUACAAGCGGUGGAAAAUGACAAGACAGAAGUGGAGUUGAAGCUGUUAAACGAGAAAGCGGAGCUGGAACAACAGUUCAGGAUCGAUAAAGCCGAAUGGGAACUGCAGAACACAACUAAGGUAGCCGCUAUGGAGAAGGACAAACACGAGUGGACGAACCUGAGGUCGGAGCUCGAGACCGCACAUAAAGAACAGGUCAGCGUACUAGAGAACAAGUUAAGGAAAGAAAAAUCUAAAAUGGAGGAGGAAUACGGAAACCAGACUUGGGAACUUAAGCAAUCUCACGCCAAGGAGGUUGCAAGCCUCAAGCAGAGUUUUGUGGAGCAAAAGGCCGAAAUGGAGCAGAGGUUUACCAGAGAAAAAGCCGAACUGCGUGAAUCGUUCACUCGCGAGAGGAACGAAAUCGACCAGAGGUUUGCUAGAGAAAAAGUAGAACUCACAGAAAACCUUGAAAACGAGCACAAUCACACCCUUGCUUUGCGAGAGGCUGAGCUGAAAAACGGUUUCUUGAAGGAGAAGUCGGCUUUAGAGAAACAGUUCGACGAGGAACGAGCAAAAAUCGAGGAAGGUUUUCAUGAAAAUUCCACUCACAGCGAAUUGGCUUUUCAGAAAUGGAAAGCAGAACUGGAAGAACAUUACACUGAAGAAAAAGCCAAGCUUUUACAGAACGCUUCUCGCGAGAAAGCUGAGUUGGAACAGCGCUACAAGCAUCAAAUAACGGAGCUGCAGCAAGCGUUUACUGAAGGAGAGGCCGGACUGAAGGGACAGUUGAAAAACGACUUCUUGCGUUUGGUGGAAAAACAUAAGGCUGAGUUAGAGGAAAGCUUUUCAAAGCAAAAAGUACAGUUGGAAGAAAGUUACUCGCGCGAAAAGGCCGAAUUUGAGAAAAGUGGUACUGUAGGUUUGCAGGAAAUCCGGGAAACUUACUCUCGUGAAAGAAACGAACUUGAGGAGAGUUACCAGAGGAAGAUCAAGGAUCUUCAGAGAAAUUUCACUCGGGAGAAACAAGAGCUAGAAGAAGAGUACGUUCAGGAGAAGAUAGAACUUCGAUCUCAACUUGAAAAGGAAUACGCCACUAAACUCAAAACCGAAACUGAACUUCUUGAACAGACAGUAAAACAUCUACAAGAUGAAAUUAAUUUUCUUAAGGAGCAAAAGCGAGAGCUCGAGGCGAAAGUCCAAACGCUGGAGUUAAAAACUUUAACUCGCAGUGAUAAGGAAGCCGUAGAGUUGAAACUAACUCGUGAAAAGGUUGUUCAGCUGGAGAGCAAAGUGGAUGCUUUGGAGAAAGAAAAAGGACUUAUUCUGGAAAACAGCGUAAAAGAAAUUACGGAGCAGAAAGUUUAUUUGGACGAGCUACAAAGAGAGAAGGUGGCUUUGGAAAGGGAAACUCUAGAAAAAGAAAGGCAACUUUUAGAAGCGGAGAAGGUAGGUGCCUUUGUAAUAAUUUGCACUGACUGUUUUAAGUUUAACUUGACCUCAGUCAAGUUAUAUUUGGUAUCUGUAUUUUGUGUGACAGGAUGUCGAUAGAAGUCUUCGGUUAACAGGCAGAUCAUACUAGCAAGUUUUGUUCCCUGAACUGGCUUGUUUUUACGUGUUUGUUUUGUACUAAAACAGUUUCGUUUCAAUCAGAGCACCCACAUUGUUGUGCCCGCUGGUAGAGUAUAUUACAAGAAUUUGGUACAAACAUUCAGUCUUAUCAACUGUGUCGAUAAAUUAAAUUUUCCACUUUAUUAACCCUUUAACUUUAAGCCCCAUUAUCCACACACAAAUUCUCCCGACUGAUGUCCAUACAUUUUCCUAAAGAAUAAGUUGAGGGAAUUUGAUAAACGAUCAAGGCAUUUUGGCUUUGGUGAUCAUUUUGUUAGUUCUCGUGACACCUUGAGUCCUUAAGAGAAAAUUUCUGUUGGUCACUCUUGGGUUAAAGAGAUUAAACAGGUGUCUUUUCGACUCUAGCGAUUCGAUAGUGGGUUGUGUGGGGUGCUUGGUUUCGAGUGAUCGAAUUUUCAGGUUUUAAAUUCCUUUGCCGUCAGGAAUUUACUGCGUUUGUACUUAGCCGAGGAUACGUUGUGUAAAUUGUUGCAGAUUUUUAUGCGGUUGGGUUACGAAGCAUGGUUCGCUCAUGUAACUCAUACUCUGUGAAACAAGUCUCCUGUUCAACGUGUACCAUUUUAGGUGGCUAGCUAUUAAGUAAUGAUUCCGACAAGAAGGAAAGAACCAAACGCAGUGAACACGUCUGAAUGCGAAAAGAUGUUAACUUUACUAUUGUCUCUACUACACUUCUGAUUGGUUUAAACAUCAAAUUUUACGAAAUCUUCGCAAAGCACCAUGUACAUUAGUCCCUUGUUUUCAACCAACUUCCUUAUAACAAAAUCUCGUGAGUCUAAGUAACACAGAAAUCCUAUGUGAGGAACAUUUAAAGUUGUAAAAUUUUCUUGGCUAUUGUUUUCAACUCUUAUGAUUUAUCGAAAUCUUUUAAUGAAGUUAAAAUGCAUUUUAUUUCGUAAACUGCCUGGGAUUAUGCCUUCUCUGUUUGAAAAUGAAAACAUUCCUAUGUGAGGAAAGCGUAUUGCGCCAUAACAAAAGAAAUUGCUUCCCGUCUUACCCGGAUCAUGACUUAAACAAGAGAGCAGUCAAAAGAUGUUAGGGCAGGCUGGGGGAAAAUGAAGGUUGAUUACAACCACGUUCUUACCACACGUUUGAGCGAUUAUCCUGUCUGGUUCCUCUUUCUGUCGCCUUGGGCUAUUGAAGCAGUUUUGUACAAUUCUGCCAUUCGUAUUUUAUCCCACGAUUUCGAUCUUGUAUUUGUUUGUUUGUUUCUAUUGUCCCCUUUUUUAUUUCUCAGUGUUGCAGAUGGAUGCGUGUAAAUAUCAAGUUACUUAAUGAGUCCACUUUUCUCCCAAAUUUUUUGGAGAAUUUUUUUCAGAGUUUUCCAGCACGUUUUAUUUUAGUUUCGUCAAUGUUAGGUGUAGAGUCUUUUAGUAAGCUAUUGACACUUUGUUGUGAAAGGUGAAGAGUGAAGGAAUGGGAAGACAGGUCAAAGAACUUCAGCUUAAAUCUGAAGAGAUGGAUUUGCUUUUAAAUCUACGAGCCUCCGAAGCGGAGGACUUGGGAUUGAAACUUCGUAACAGCAGCUCUGAGAAGGAAAGAUUAGAAGAGACUUGUAGAAACAUGGAAUCGGAACUUCAAGAAGCCAAACUAAGAGUUAACGAGCUGGAAGUAAGUUUAAAUUUGAGCAGUUCUGAAAAAGGGCAGUUGGAGGAGAAAUUGAAGGAACGAGAUUCCCAGCUGAAUGGUUUGGCUUCAACCGAAGCUGAACUUAAAGAUAUCAUGAACAAAAGCCAAGAGAUUGAGGACAUGCUACGCACCCGUGAUCUAGAAAACCAAGAAUUGAAUGGAAGAUUGCUAGAGAACAAUGCAGAGUUAGAGAGUGAAAUGGCGGAGCUGCAGACCGACUUAAAGAAUGCUGUAGAAAAGUCAAGGGAGCUGGAUGCGUUGUUAACGGUCAAAGAAACUGAAAACCGUGAAUUACAGAAAAAGGUUAACGAGUAUAACAAACAGAGGACCGAGCUGGAGGAAAAGGCUGCUCAGCUUACCAAUCAGCUCGCGGACGCGGAGACCGUGCGUCUUCAAGAGCUUAAAACACGGGUGACCGUUUGGGAAACUGAGAACAAAGAUCUGGAGCAGCGGCUGAACCAGCGUAACAAGCACAACAUGGAGCUGGAACAGAAGCUGAAAUUGCUGACCAAAAGGAUUGCUGACAAAGAUGACGUCAGAGUAAGGGAACUUGAGCGCAUGCUUGGUGUGCGGGAAAGUGCCUACAAGGCUCUUGAACAGAGGUUUGAGCAGCGCGGAGAUGAAACAAGGCAGUUGGAAAAACAAGUGACGCAGCUGACACAGAAGCUGGCGGAUAUGGAUCACGUGAGACAGAAGGAGUUUGAAAUUGAGAAGGUCCCGUCAACUAUUGGUGUUUAUUAUUACUAUUUUGCUGUUAAUUGCUUUUGAUCCACUGCGUUUAACUGUAACAAUAGCAGCUAUCUCCUAAUGUUCUUAUGUGUGGCAAAGUAAUACCUAACCAACUUAAACAGAUAAUGUGUGGCCUAUAGAGGAACUCCUAGCUCCUUGAUUGUCAAAGGCUUUUAUCAGUUAAUACAGCUAAUGUGUCGCGUAUAGAGGAGCCCUUACAGCUCCUUAGCUGGUGAAGGCUUUCUUUAUUCUAUAACUGCAUUCAUCUUUGUAACACUCUUAUUGUGUGGCAGUUCUAUAACGCUUUUUAUUGCAAUAAUGACCACUAAUUUGUGUGAAAACAAAAAAAACAUAACAUAAUAACCAUAAUUCCGCUACCAAACAACUUUUUAAAUCGGCAUUUCAGAAGCAGCCUUUCUCAGCAGACAUAAGACUGGAGUACAUCCGGGACGUGAUGACCCCGGGAAUUGACGUGACAUGCGUCCCUUCGCUCUGAACACAUAAACAGUAGUUACCGACACGAACCAUAACACUCCGUCGUUUAUUCUAAAUAGUAUAAUAAAUAUAGUCAACGACGACAUAAUGCCUGACCUUGUCGAUGACUUUAAAGACAAUGUUAAUGCUGUUUCGACAAUUAAAACAAGUAAAACUGUAUUAAAGCUUGACGAACAGAUUUAAACUCCAGAUUAAACGAACUAUUUUAGAAAUGAAAAUGAUUAAGGAUGAUUAAUUAUUUAUGUCACGGUAAUUUGAUUUUUUUUUCUUUUUACAUACGAAUAAGGGUGUACCAUAUAUAAACCAAGGGUGCAGAAACGCGCGUAAUUUAAAAACCUGUUUUUUAUUAAAGCAAACUGUUGUUAAAAAUUUAGCAAAUCAGGUUUAACUCAACAUUGUCUUUAGUGGAAAAUCAGUAAUCUACAUGAAUGUAAAAAUGCUUUGUUGUAUCCAUUAAUUUGAUAAAAGGUAAUGACCGAAAAACCCGACUUAACCCUAAUAUUAAACUUUGUUUUUCCCAAGAAGAUAUAUUCCAAUGAACAACUUUUCAAUCGUAAAGUAAAAAAAAAAUAAUUGAAACACGCCGUUUUCAUUCUUACCCGUACAAAAAGUAGCACAAAAAAUAAUCACAACAAACAAAAACGUGACUUGUAAAUUCGGCUUAUAACAUAACAGUGCUUGGUGUCUUUUUGUGGCCAAGUUAAAAAGGUGCUUUCAUAGGUAGUGGUUUAAGUUCGAUGUCGUAGCUUUGAUAUGUUCAAUUUUGCUCUAAUUUAAUGGCUUGAAGCGUUCAGGCUCCUUCCUGCUGCCCACAGGCUUGUAUGCUCACGGUUAAUACUUGUGUUCGUGUGUACAGUGUUUUUAUUGAUAAUAGUGAUGUGGAGCUUUUGUUCCUUGUAUCCUUCUAUUUCUGCCGUAUCUGAUGUUAUGUGAACUAAGUGUUGAUGCUUGUUUGUCACCUUCAGCUUUAAUGUACGCUUUUAAUGUGUAGAACUUAUUUAAUACUAUCUUUCUCAGGUUAUUUUUCAUUAAUUGUCGUUAAGGUCGGAACACACCAAGCGACAAGUUCCUGCAACACGUUGCGGCGACACGUCGCUGCGACAAAUCGCUCUUUGUAUACUAGAGAAUUUUUGUCAAAAUCUUCGUCUCCGCAACAGACUUUUGUCAGGGCAACAAGUCGCAAAAAAUCAAAAAUAAGACUGAAUUUGUGCGACUUGUUGAGGCGACAAAAUUCUGUUGCUGAGACAAAGAUUUGCACAUGAAUUCACCAGACGGAGUACGCACCGAGCGAUUUGUCACUGGGACUUGUCGCGCAACUUAUCGCCCAACCUGUACACACGGAGUGAUUUAUCGCCGCGAAGUGUUGCAGCGACAUGUCGCCUAAUGUGUAUCUGUUCACACGCCACCGAACGAAUUUUCGACGGGCUGAAAUAUUUGACCGAACACUUCGUUCACACGGGACUGUUCAAGAUUUUGGCUUUGUUCACACUGAAUUUUGAACAGCAAAGUGUUUAAAUUUUCGUACGGUUAGGGUGGUUCAGUGUGAACUGAACACCAAAACGCACCAAUAUUAACCCUGUCGAAAAUUUGACGAGUGCCUCAUGAACUUAGCCUAAUUGGUAUUGUUAAAUCCCGUUUUGUGGACACCUGGUGACAAAGGCUUCCCACUGCACUGGGGCUGCAGUUAAGUCAUUACGUCUUGCGAUCUUGCGAUAUUAUUGGAUAAAACACAUUACGUGUCUGUAGGGAUCAGGAAAGUGCGUUCUGAAAACAAAUUGAACGAGUUUGAAGAUAAUUGGCUGCUCUAUAGGCUACUGGUACAUUAACAAAUCAAAGGUCUCCUUACCUAACAGAUUAUCGGAAUUUCACAUCUCAAUGGAAGCUUCGCUUCCACGAUCUUUAAUUUACCAAGGGUAAAGGAUUUAUUUGCUAAAAACCUGCCCGUUAUAAGGGGCUCGCAACAAUGCACCUCCGUAAAGGUUAUCAUUCAAACUUUUAACAGGCCAGAAAUGAUCUCAUCACGAUGGAGAAGAGGCUGGAAGAUAUCCAAGGGAAGAAGCAGGUGUUGGAAAAAGUUCUAAACGAAAAAAACUCAAAAGCUAAUACUCUUCAAGAAGAGGUUUAUGUGCUAAAAGAAAGACUGGCCAACGCACAGGGAACAUAUAAGAGAGAAAUGGAAACUGAAAAGCAGAAGGUAUGUUUGAAAGGAUUUACUCAAAGCAGAAAAUGUUUGUCACCACCCGUCUUCGAACAACUUAUAGAAGUCUGAAUUGUUGUACUGCGACGUUUUGUUGGUUCACACCUACCUUGUCAAGUAAUUUCUGUUAAAAAAUAUCUAUCUCUACGACCACUUGGAUACUUUGCAUACUUUGACCCGAAAAUUCGGGUUCGUGAACAGCGAAAAUUCGUUUUUGAGAAGUUAUUUGUGAUUGGAUUGUGUUCUCAUUAAUACCACUUCCUGCACAAUACGUGUUCACUGUGUCCAUUUAAAGUAGGUGAGGGCAAACCUGGGUCAAUUGUAGCUUACGACCUACAGCAGUCGAAAGUCAGAUUGUAGGUCGCAGCAAAAUUACCUUAAUGUGUUUCGCAAAUUCUUACUUCUUCGAUUUUCUAACGUCUACACAUAAUGUAGAAUUUAUGAAACCCCUCUUUUCACCGUAACUCUUUUGUGUUCUGUGUUCCCUUUUUAUGUUCUCUUUGUUUAUUAUGUUAUAAUGUGUGUUUUGCAUCGAAGCAGUUUGUUUGUAUGUGUUGUAAAGUUUGGUUUGCAGCUUGCGUUACGUUAAUUGUGUGACAGUGUGUGACAUUGCGUGACGUAACAGAGGUAACUUGACGUGUUAUAUGAUGUGUGGUAAGAUGUGUCCUUACAUGUUGGUAAGUCAUUUUGUUACUCUGCAAUUCUUUUUUGUUGUUGCCAUUGUGUUUGUUGAAGAACAAAUUAAUUUUCUUCGUUCGGAUGUUCUUUUCUUGUAGGCCGCACUUGCAAACACUGAGCUGAUGACAAUGAGAUCGCGUCAUCAGCGUGAGGUUAGCGAUUUGAAAGAACAGCUUCAUCGUGCUAACUUGGCGAGCGAUCGGGAUCAAGCGCUCAGAGAAAAAGUCUUCAACGAAGCAAAAGCGGAGGUUAUGGCACUGAGCAAGAAGGUGAGAGUGAAGCUUCAUUCCUUCAAAGCGGGGCCAAAUAGUCACGAUAGAUGAAGAACAUGUUGAAAUGUGUAAUGAUAGUCGAUAAAAGGUUUCCCCAUUGGUCACGUUCGUGAUAGUCGAUGGAAGUUCGGUCAGCUUUUUCUCGUCUAAAUCGACGUUCCCACCCUUCUUCGUCCUUUCAAAAUGGCGGACCCUCUGUACCCAAGGCAAAACACAGUGGAAAAAAUGACUUUAGGUAUUUACAUGUAGGAUAUAAGGCUAGUCUGGUGGUGAGAAAGAUGAUAAAACGGCGAGUUUUGCCUCCUGGCGUUUUUCUUUAUAGUCCAUGCUUUGUAAACAUUAGUUUCGACUAUCAUGGUCUAUCACGCGCUAUCAUGAUCUGUUUGGCUUGAAGCCAAGGUAUUGAAUGAUAGUUAAUAAUAAUUGAAACUAUCAUCAAUCAUCAUGCCCGUUUGGUCCGGCCUGUAGUUUCCAUAAUCGAAGACUGAGCUGAUUGAAGAGCAAACGGUGGGUUUUGUUAUUAAAUUCAAUCAAGGUAUUUAGCAUUGAGAGCUCCCAUUUGCGAGUGUUUCAAAGCUGAAAACCUCUUAUUGUCACUGACUCACUUCAUACUUCACAUGUAGAAUCACAAAAAGAAAUCAAAGGAAAGGUAAUUUUCCCGCACAUUAUCGACUUGGUUAAAUGUUUUCUUGUUGGGUUGUUGCGUCCAUUUUCGUUCCAUAACCCCUGCGGUAUUGACUGAAAUUUAAAAGGGAAACUAAGAUCUUUUCUUUGACUAAAUAGCGUCUAUUUCGACAAAAAAUAUAUAAAAAGUAGAUCAAUUGUUAAUAGUUUAGCACGUUGUAAACCCUGUUAGUAUGUUUUUGCUUACUUGCGCCAACAAAAAGAGAAUACAACUUUUGAAGGCCUGGGUCUAAAAUCCUUUGAUAGGCAUUUAUUUCUUGUUCUACGGAACGAAAGCGGUAUGAUAUUUAUCUUAUUAGCGACGGAUCCUUGUCUUUUCGGGCCAUAAAUUGUAGAAAAACCUUCGUUUUAAAUUUACAGUACGGACCUCAAAUCUGCCAAAAAAAAAAAGUAUGUUCAAGUUAUCAAAAACUUUGGUGUUUUGGGGGUGUAGGUCUUAUUGAUUAUUCAAACAGUGCUGCCGAAAACGCUGUCCAUUGGAUUUUCGGCUUCAAAAUUCCUGUUUCGUUGUUGUAAAUUUUUCCAUAACAAUGUUAAUGUUAUUGCACCCGUUGUUAAAAGAUAGGUAUUUUCAUCAUUUAGCUCGAAGAAAAGACUCGAAGAUUACGAGAACUUGAAAGUGCUAGUAAUCUAUGGGAAGGACGGAUCAGGUCACUGGAGAAAGAAAAAAUGGAGUUGCAAAAUCAAGUGAAACAGACUAGAGAAGCCUUGGACGAACACGUGGCGAGACUCAGUAAACAGGUAGACACGGAUUGCGUUAUUAUUCAUUCACAAAACCUUUUCAUCUGCCUGGAACUUCCUCUAAACAUCUGCUAAAUCAUCGCAGUUAUACCUUUUAGCUGUUACCUAUCUGCUUUGCGCCUUGUAGAGCGUAAGGAGUAGUUACAGGAUAUGAACAUUUUUUUUCCUUUUUGAUAUUCAUAAUGAAUUGGUGUGAUAAUAUUAGGCAGUACAGUGUCGUGACACCCUGUAUUGAGCGAACGAAUGGUUCAGUUUAUUUCAAACGUUUCUUCACUUAUUUCUUGUUGAACGAACCUGUAUUGAGAGGACACCUCAAUGAAGCGGUCACCAGCGAAGGUCCCCUGCUUAAUACAAUACAGGGUUCACUGUAAUUAGGGGAGUUCGUCCUCGAGAAGCGUUUGAAAUGUUCCAGCCGUUUUGAUAAGCUUUGAAAUUGUACAUGAAUGGAACGGUCAUCUAGAAAUUUUUAGCCGUCCUCAAGUAAUAGAAAAUUCUAGGCAAUAUUUGCUAUUCCGAACAGAUAUUUUACAGAAAGGAGUCGUUGGGUGCCCCUGUAUUAUGCCUCCUAGCUAGAUUAGCGUUUUAAGUAUUUUGUAGGUGGCUUUAUGUCUUACUUAAGUAGUAUUGUCUUUUUCUCGCUCUUCUUUUCUGUGUGCUGUAUAAAAAUAAAGUUCACGUCUUGUUUUGUCGAACACUAGUGUUGGUCUAGCACUUGUACUAGCUGUGUUUAUAACUUCUGUGAAUUGGUGAAUUGAUAAGAAUGAUUCCUUUUUGUGUUUUCUUGGCAGCUCCAACAAACAGAGAUCAGUGCAACGCGUUCAGGCAAUCUCGUUCAGGAACUUUACAUUGAAAAUUCCAAACUGACCAAAGCCCUGCAACAAACGGAGGCCAAUGAGAAGAGAGCUGAGAAGGCAAACAGGCAACUAACAGAGCAGAAGAAAGCUUUGCAGAGGGUCAUCUCUAAACUAUGUGGAGCCAACGCCAUUGCCUGA